AUGUGUGACCUUGCUGAGUUCAAUUGCAGUUCUAUCCCAGAAACUCAACGUAAUCUAAGUGGGAGCUGCUAUUCAACGGAAAUUACGAUUGUAUCAAUCAGUGGAAGUGAUUCUUUUGAUUGUAUUAUUCGAACAUCAAAUCAUUCGGACAUAGCUAUUAUCAACUCAUUUACAGUCCUUGAAAAAUUGACCGACAUACUUUUUUCUUAUUCAAAUGAUACAGAAUUUGAAGCACCAAGUUUUGAAUUAAUUGAUGAAUUACGUCUACCAAGUGAAGUUGGUUCUGGUGAUGUUCAUUCCGAUUUGUUCAGUGUAACAAACGAAAAGAAUUCCUUAGAUUUAUCAACGCUUAUUUUAACAAAUUACACUGAGUUUCGAUUCUACUUGUUAGAUAAUGUAACUUGUGUGUCCAAAGAGGUAAUUCUGGUAUGUCAUGUUCCACGAACAAUAAGUCAACUUGAAGUAUGGUAUUUAGGCCAAUACGACAAACACCCUAGGCUUCUGAAAGACUCAAAAGUAUCCGACUCUUUCACAAACAAUGAGAAGCGCUAUAUGCUAUUUGACAAUAGCAUUAUAUUAAAAUUAGAAAACUUGUCCCAUAGUGAUAGUGGAUUGUAUAUAUGCAAAAAUGAUUUCUUUUAUAAAAAUGUAACAAUUACGGUUAUGGAUUGUUCAAAAUCAAAUUUAAUCUCUAGGUUCCUCCCACCUAUUCUUAUUUGGAUAAUCAUAUUUAUAACAAUUUCAACUAUCCCUCUAUCAUUGAUAUAUUGUAUACAAAUUAGGCGUAAGUCAAUGCAAACUGUGCUAUCUAUACCUAUUGAUUUUUUUGAUAAAAAUGCAAAAUCGAAACGUGUUGAUGUUUUCCGUAAAAUGAAUUUACUGUACACAAAGCCAGAACAUAAAUUAUUGUUGCAUCACUCCGGCUCUUCUACAUCGUCGUCGCCACCAUCGUCGUCAUUAUCUUCCCCGUUAUCACCAUGUACAAUAUAUUCUCGAUCUGGUUCUUCUAACAUCAGUACUAUCGAUACAGAUACAAAACAUAAGAUAACAGAUAUACUUACGUCAUUUUCACAAAGAUUACUAUGUCAACCAUCCAAAUAUUUUUCACAAAAAUAUAACAUUCUUCAAUGUAACGUAAUGCUGUUACAAUGGUUAAAUCAGUAUUUGAAUUCUAGUCCUAAAACAUAUAUACCGAAAACAUCUUUUACUCUAGAAAAUCUCCUUGGUGAAGGUAAUUAUGGAAUUGUUUAUAAAGGAAAGUUAUCCAUUAAUGCUGACGACGAAAGCAAUUCUAAUGAUACUGAGAUUGCUAUCAAAACGUUGAAAGAUGGAUUUCGAAAUAGGCAAUUAAUUAAUUUAAUUCGAGAAGCGAAAGUUUUAAGUGAGCUAGAACCACAUCCAAAUAUCAUUAAAUUUCAUGGACUAUGCAUAGAUAAUAGUCAUCCAUACAUUCUUCUCGAAUUAGCUAUUCAUGGUAAUUUACGAGAUUUUCUACGAAAUCGUCGACCACCUGGACUCAAUUAUUGGGCAGAUGAACGAACAAUCAAUUCAUUAUAUGUAAUUGUGAAAAAUUCAAAUGAUUUCAAAGAAAUUUUAUCUGAUAGUAGAAUUAGACAACAAAGAGUAGAAUUGUUGAAAUUUGCAUUGGAUAUUGCCAAUGCUUUAUUGUAUUUUGAAACAUUAUCUUUGUUUCAUCGAGAUGUUGCAGCAAGAAAUGUUGUUCUUACAGAAGGAUUUGUUGCGAAAUUAUGCGAUUUCGGUUAUGCUUGUACCCAAGAAGAAUCAAAUAAUGGAUACAUGGAAAUGGAUAAAGAUUACUUAGCAGUAAGAUGGAUGGCACCAGAGUGUUUGAUGACAACGAAAUGUUAUACUUCAAAAUGUGAUGUUUGGUCUUAUGGGAUUCUGUUGUGGGAAUUAUUCAGUUUGGGUAAUUCACCAUACCCUGGAUUAGAUAAUGGACAACUAAUCAACUGGUUAAAUAAUGGAAAUCGUAAUACUAGACCAUACCUAUCCACCAACUCAAUCUACCAGUUGAUGCUAGAGUGCUGGUCACAAGAUCCCGAUAGUCGACCAAGAUUUUAUGACAUUUGUAACCGAAUCGCUGAAAUGAAAUCCAGUUAUGAUGACCCGAAGGAAAACAAUGAUUCAAUGAAGGGAUACGUUGAAUUAAUGUUGGAGCACGAAGAUUACUUGGAACCGCGACAGUAUUUACACUAG